AAACGGAAAAGUAAAGGCUUCGUCUCUGCCGUAAAACGGAAGUGACUCGUCAGCCCUGGGGUCCCGCCUGGGGACCAAACUGGGCUCCAGCCUGGAAGGUGCCCACAGGAGGGGAUCUUGCGCUUGUCUCGAGACUGAAAUCACCCACUCUUGAGCCUCGUGAGCUCUUGGUAACAGCACCCGAGGAGGUCAGAAAUGCCUCGGCUGUGGUCUCCUGUUGUUCUGGGAGACUGUGAGCUCCCCGCUGCCCCUGUGACAGUGCCCGGAAAACAGGGCAGAGCUGUGGGCUCAGCCCGGGGGGGGACUGCGUCCCAGCCCUUGGACAGAGCUGCCCGAUGCGACGUGCUCCCCUCCCCAGGAGGGCGGCUCCCCUGGCUGUGCUCCAGCGGCUGUCCACGAGCACCCCGUGGCGAAAGACGUCCUCACGUAUUCUGGGCCCGGCCGUGAGGUCACAGCUGGACUGUGAGGUCACAGAGCCCCGCGGUGACGUGCCAGACAUAAGCACCGACCGCUCAGCCCCUGGCCCUCACUGCGGCGGCGGCAGCAGCAGCAGCAGCAGCAGCAGCAGCAUCACGGUGUGAGUGCAGGGAGCCAUGGCCCCUGCCCGCCGCCUCCUCAUCCUCCUCGUCCUCCUGGUGGCCCUGCAUGUCAGGGCUGUCUGGGCUGCUCCGUGGCGAGCACGGGGAGCAGACGAGGGUGGUGGCAGUGGUUAUCCAGCUUCUCGGCUGGGUGCUGGUUUGGAGCCCUUGGGGCAUCCUGCAGAUCCUCUCGAAGUCGGUGGCUUCCCGACUUCUUGGUCUGUUCCUGUCCGUGAGCCCGAGAGCAACCCCACAGCCGUGCCGGCAGGCGAAGGCGAUGCAGCUUCCCGGCUGGGCUCCAGGACUGAGGCUCCGGGAGAUGGCAUGGUUACAGAUGGGCCUGUAGGGAGGACUUUUCCAGCUCCUCGGCUGGAUGCUUUUCUACAGCCCGGCUGGCAUCGCAGGGGUCCUCCCAGAGCCAAGUACCCAGCUGACGGAGGAAAAAAGUCCCUGCAGCCAUCUGAAUUCCGAAGGCAAAUGCUGGAGGAACUGGAGAGAGGACACGAGACGGACCGAGAGGCUGUGCAGAAGGAGCUGUUUUCGGGAGGAAGCAGUGGCUCACUGCCAGUCUCCGCUGAAGAACUGGAGGCGAGGCAGGCCCCUGGCACACCAGUGCUGUCAAAGCCCGGAGAAGACCACCGCGGCAGCGUAUAUGAAUUUCUUCGAGCGGACUCAGAUGUGGUCGGCAAGAGAACCACGAGCGGUUACGAGCCCCAGAGCUCCGCCAGCGUCCUCUGUCCCCAAGAUGUGCGGAGGCGCUGUAUGAUAGGCACGGCAGUACUCAUGGUUGCCCUGCCGCUUGGAAUAGUUUUCUGCUGUGUCAUGAUCCGGCGGCGGAGGAAGAGGAAACAGUGAGUUCUUGAUUUCCCUCCCCCACUGCUUCCUUCGACGGCUGCUCGUAGCCACGAAGCAUUUCUGGUCAGGCUGCUGUGGAGUGGCGAGUUAGUGGUUGGCCAAAAGACUCUGCUGAGGCCUCUUAAUUCCCGGGCCCUCUUCUCGGGAGCCCGCUGUGGCUGGAGCCAGUGUCAGCUCAAAGUGACUCUGCCUGGACAAGGGCAGCCCUGCGGAGGGAGAGCCAUAGGCAAAGCAAGGUCAGGACGAGAAAGAGCGGGGGAUGAGGUUGCCCGAGAAAGCGAGACGCGCACAAGCGCCCGCUCCUGACCAGCAAACCUGCCCGCAGGAACGCCCCCGCUCGCUAGUGCCGUGAGGUGCGGGUGUCCGCCUUGGCCGAGGUGUGCCAGCGGCUCUGCCCGUGGUGGUGAGCCUUGCCAGCUCUGGGCCGUGCUGUGGAGCUGAGUCCCUCUGUCCCGU